AUGGCGGAACGAAUAGAUGAGAUUUCGAACAAUAUUAAAUAUGCAAAUGAAGAUAUCACAGUAUUUUUAAACUAUGCGGACUUGGAAAAAUACAAAGAUGUUUUUGAAACGUGCGCCUUGAGAAAGAUCGAUCAUCUUAAAGAUGUUCAAGAGGAAGACAUGUACAAGUUCGGUAAGAUUUUAUAUAUUCAGUUAACUAAAGAUCUUUCUGAUUUUUGAACAUUAUUAAAUCUGUAUAAAAGUGUAUACUGGCACAAUUAACAGGCAAUGAUUAUAUUUUUCUUGUUGUUUUAUAGGUCUAACAGAGUUUGAAGUUCGGCGAUUUUUUCGAAGAAAACAAGAAUACAGUAUUAAUCAGCGUGUUGGUGGUACUACAGUUAACGUUGGAGAUACUAUCUCGCCAAGUACGAGCAACUCUGACAAGGCGUCGCAGCGUUCCUUGAACCCAUUGAAGCCGUAUGUGUCAUCUCCGCAAUGGAAAGUGCCAGCAAUGGGGUACGUACCCAACGCUAAAACUGAACGAGCUUGUUUUAUGAACUCCCUUCUACCAGACUACUUUGAUUCAAAAUUUAAGCACUGCAGAAAUGCCAAAGAUUUUUCCAUUCAGUUUCACUCCACCGGAAGGCAACUGUAUCAGGUGAAACAGAGAAUUGAUAAUUUUGGCAAAAAUAUCGAUUCAGUAUUGAAUGCUAAAAAUCCUGCUGCAGCAGGAACACUUCUUGAAGGAGAUUAUACUGUCAUACCAAGUGAUACUAUUAGAAUCAGGCAGAACAUUAAAAGAGUCCAGAAAAUUAAAAACCAAUUAGAACAG